GACUGUCGGGGACGAGCGAGGCGAGGCGAGGCGACGCGAGGCGAGGAUGGCGGUUGGCGGCGGCCACCGCGCGGCUGCUGUCCGCUGUCGGUCCUCACCAGCGAAGGGCCGUCGCCGCCGGCCGUGCGUCACCGGGCUGGCCUUGGGGCUGCUGUCCCUCUUCUGCACCGGCGGCGGGGUUGUGAACGGGACAUACUUAAACGAUCUGUUUCCGUAUUACCCAUUGGAACAUGGUUCACGGCAUGCUCAUCGAUACAUCAGAGAUUUCCAGCCUGUCAUAUUUGGGGACGUUACACAUGAGACGUGGCCUGCAGAUAAAUCCACUGAUCUUCCGGUUGCUCAAUCGACUGUGUUCGUGUCAAACUUUCACACCAACGAGGGAAAGCCUAAAACAGUCACCGGCUACUUCACCUUUGUAAAUAGUCCACUGAAAACCGUCUCCAUUUUGGAACCACUGAAACCUGGAGGGUGCAGUCACCUAUACAUUGCAACAGUGCAAGAAUCCGCAAGAUCCAGGAAGUGUUUAGUGGCACAAAAUGGUGGCUUCUUUGACCCAGACACGGGACGGUGCUUUGGUAAUGUUGUGAGUGAUGGAAAACUCGUACAAAACGCAAUGGGAAUUCAAAAUGCACAAUUUGGAAUCAAGAAGGAUGGCACUUUAGUAUUUGGAUAUCUAUCGGAGGCGGAUGUCCUGGAUAAAGAGAAUCCAUUUGUUCAACUGGUGAGUGGGGUAGUAUGGCUCCUGCGAAAUGGCACAGUUUAUGUUAAUGAGAGCCAAACAGCUGAGGUUUCAGGCGCUCAGAAAACAGGAUCUUUUGAAUACUUUAUUAAUGUGGUAUCUGCACGAACUGUUGUAGGACAUGAUAAAUACGGGAGGCUCAUUUUAUUCCAUGUUGAUGGGCAGACUGGCGACAGGGGGCUAAGUCUCUGGGAGGUUGCCACAUUUUUAAAGAGCCAUGGGGUUAUUAACGCCAUUAAUUUGGAUGGAGGGGGAUCGGCUACUGUGAUAUUGAAUGGAACACUUGCAAGCUAUCCUUCUGAUCACUGUUCAAGUGAUCCCAUGUGGCGGUGUCCUCGAGCUGUUUCCACCAUCGUGUGCGUUCACGAGCCUGAAUGUAUACCUGCUGACUGCAGCGGACAUGGGGAAUGUGUACACGGAGAUUGCCACUGCAAAGGUGUUUGGUCAGGAGCAGCAUGCAACCUGCUUAAUUGUGGAUCUUUAAACUGCACUGUUCAUGGAAUCUGCUCUGAGGAUGGGUGUCUGUGUGACGCUGGAUGGAUAGGAUCCAACUGUACAGAUGUGUGCCCUCUUGACUUCUACGGAGAUGGCUGUAGGCAAAAAUGCCACUGCAUGAAGGGUGGGAUUUGUGAUCCUGUUAGUGGAGCCUGUACUUGCCAGCCAGGCUCCCAUGGAGAGUUCUGUGAACAAGAAUGCUCCCUUGGAUGGUAUGGGUGGAAAUGCCAGCAGUCUUGCCACUGCCAUAAUAUGUGCCCCUGCCACCCAGUGACUGGUAGCUGUGACAUCACCCAUGAUUCUAGAUUUAAUGACUCUUUGUACAGAGUGCGUCAAUGUGUAGCUUCAGAGAAGUCUGAAAUCUGGAAAAACAAACAUGGUUUUGAAGAAACUUUACACUUAAUCAAACAGAAAAGUUGGCUGAUCAUAACAAUCACCCUCCUCGGCUUCCUGUUACUGAGUGCGGCGGGAAAUCUUUUCCAAUUUUGCCAAAGAAAUGGAUUCCACGGCGAGUAUUCCUAUCAAAGACUAAAAGAAUGCAACGGGCAAUUAAGUUGUGUUGACAUUCCCGAAAUAAUCCCUUUGAAACGGAAUGAAACGUCGUUUGAAGAGGACGACGGGAAUUCGGAAACUAUGAAAUUUUAGCAACAUUUGCACUUCCAUACCAAUGUGGUCUUUUUGCUGCCUUGUUCUACUUUUGCCAAAGCAGCUGAAUUUUUUCAAUUAAAAGAAAAUGGGGAAACUUGAAUAGAUUUCACGUGAAUUACGCUCUCUGUUGAAGGUCAUCACCCUCAGGUAUUGCAGCACCGUGUAAACCAAAUAUACUAAUGUGAAAGAGUGUAACUAUGUGUAAGUAUACCUCAAGUAUACCCGGUAUACUUCAUGUGCAGAGUUGCCAAGUUGAAGACAGUGAUGAUUUGAAUGUUGUCCUCUUGACAUAUUUGUAUCCGCCUUUUCAUUUCUACCUUAACAUAAUUCCUUUCCCUCCAGACCCACCAGCCUCCCAGAAUGCCCAGUGCAAAUACAAAGACGAGGGUUGCAGCCAUUGAGAUGUGAACUUUGUAAGACGUUAAGGGGAACUGAUAGGCUAUCAACUACUUGACUUGUUGGUCGGCAAGUCUGGACUAAAAUUCGGAGCCAGUCUUGUUUGGAAUGAGGUUAGGAAUACUUAUUAACAUGCAAAGAAUGGUGGAAGAUUAUUCUUUCUUCCACAGACUAAACUAAUGCUUAGUCAGCUGUUAAUUUAUAUACACGACAAAAGUAUUCUUUGUUGACCAAAGCUGUAUGGGCAAUUGGGGCACUGAUUAUUAGGUCACCUACACAAGGGAGCAAUGUUACACUGAAAUUAGAUGAAAACUGUGCAUUUUUGAACAUUUAGGCACUUCUUAUUUGUAGUUUAGGUGUAUUUGUGCUUUACAACUCUUUGCGCAAUCAUUUGACCUGAUCCAAAGAAAAUGAAAAUCAACUUAAUACAUCAUGUGUAAAUUGGGACAAAAUAUUCUAUUUCUAUUCUAUUUUCUAUCUUAUUACUCGGAGAGUGGUAGCUGUGUGGAAUGAGCUUCCAGUGAAGGUGGUGGAGGCAGGUUCGUUUUUAUCAUUUAAAAAUAAAUUGGAUAGUUAUAUGGAUGGGAAGGGAAUGGAGGGUUAUGGUCUGAGCGCAGGUAUAUGCGACUAGGGGAGAUUAUGUGUUCGGCAAGGACUAGAAGGGUCGAGAUGGCCUGUUUCCGUGCUGUAAUUGUUAUACUAUAUUAUAUUAUACAAGGAAUUUGCCUUGGUGCUCCUCCACGCAAGUGACAACAUGACAUAGUGCCAGUGAGGAUGACACAUAAAAUAUUAAACAUUAAUAAUACAACAUUAUCGAUUAAACAUGUGAAUGAAAUAAAAUACCAGAGCAAAAGGAGGCUACAGAUUUUUGGUUAUUGAGUAGUGCUACUACUUGUGGAAAAAAACUGUUUUUAUGUCUGGCUGUGGCAGCUCUGACAGUCCGGAGUCGUCUUCCAGAGAGAAGUGAUUCAAAGAGUUUGUGGCCAAGGUGAGAGGGGUCAGAGAUGAUCUUACCCGCUCGCUUCCUGGCCCUUCCCGUGUACAGUUUGUACACUGGCCUCCUCUUUGAGAUUUUGCCCUGUCACCAUGCUUUCUUGAUUUAAAAAGAAAAUAUUUGUACACACACUGGAUUGCACAAUAAUGAACAAUUGAUUUUAGCUAUAACCAUAAAUUAUGCUUGUGUUUCAAUUCCCCUGUAAAUGGCACAAAAAUACAACAAUGUAAGGAAUUACCACCACAAGGGAAGGUUCCACAACAUAUUUUCCAAUUUACUUUGAAGAUAUAUAUUCAUAACUUAUUUUAAUAUGUCUGACAUGUAUUUGUGAAAUGGUACUGCUGCGCUUUUUCAAUCAAUUUGAGGCAACUAAAACUCAUGAACGGAUGUCUAGAUAAGGACUCGCAAAUUGUACGCUACCAAAUAGAGGAAAAAUUGCGGUAAUCUGUGUUGUACCCACAGAUAUACUCAAUGUGCUUGCUAAAUAUGGCGCAAGAUUCCAUUUUAUGCACUAAGUAUUUUUGCCAAUGGGAAAAAAAAAGUGCAAUAAAUUCUAUAUUCUGCCACUAUCUGUUUUACAGGUGAAUGUAAUUUUAAGAGUAUUGCUCAUCUACAAAAAUAACUUUAUCCAUUGAUUGUGUAUUGCUAUAAGUAUGCAGCAUUUCUUACUGCAAAGAUGAUUGCCAAGAUUCCAUGGUCAGCAUAGUGGCACAGCUGGUAGAGUUGCUUUCUCGCAGCACCAGAGACCCCAGUUCGAUCCUGACCUCGGGUGCUGUGUAGAGUUUGCACAUUCUCCCAUUGGAUUUCCCCCGGGCGCUCCGGUUUCUUCCCACAUCCCAAAGAAGUGGGUUUCCAGGUCAAUUAUCCACAGUAAAUUGCCCCCGGUAUGUAGGGGGUGACUGCAAAAGUUGUAUAACAUAAACCUAGUGUGAUUGAUGGUCGGCGUGGACUCAGUGGGCCGAAGGUCCGUUUCCAUGCAGUAUCUUUCAAUCAAUAUCUUUCAAUCAAUCAUAUCUAAAAAUAAUAAUUAAUGCAUGAAAAGGCACAGGCACAUCAUGGACCAGCAGCCAAAGUUUUGGACGCUCCAGCGAUCCAGGUUUUAAUCCCACCAAGGCAGCAGGGGAUUUUUAAUUGAAAAAAAUAUUGAUUACAUUUGGAAUUAAACCUGGUCUCUGUCAAAUAACUUUAAAACUUCUGGAUUGUCAUUAAAAACCCAUCUAAUUGACUAGUGUCCUUCAGACACUAAAUUUAGUGGAUUGUCAUAAAAAUCUACUAAAAUUGUCAACUUCAAAUAAUUCCCUAGUUGGGGAUAGACAUGCAAAAAUGUGAAUAUUAAAAAGGGAGAAAUUAUUCUGAUAGUAACUAUCCCAUAUUGUAUCCAAGUAUAAUCCUUGGCUGGGAUCUAUAGAAACAUGUUUUAAAUUUGUUUACAUUUACUACUUUUGGACUGGAACAUUUUAGAUGAAAAAUUAAUGAAUGACAUUUCUGCAAAAAAAAAACUAGCAAUGUCUUUUGUGGAAGCGAUUAAGAUGGUUUAUAUUUUAGCUGUGAUUCUGUAUUAAAACAUACUUAAUGAACACA